AUGGAAGAGGCAUACAGCAUGCAGGUGACCUUCAGGCAGGCAGAGGACUAUCCAGUGGAUCUCUACUAUCUCAUGGAUCUCUCAAAGUCUAUGGAGGAUGACAAGGAGUCUCUCUCCAAGCUGGGCGCACAGUUGGCAGAAGAGAUGCAGAAAAUCACCAAAAAUUUCAAGCUUGUUGGGUCCUUUGUAGACAAGGUUGUCAUGCCCUACGUCAGUACUGUUCCAGAGAAGCUUCAGGCUCCUUGUAAGGAUUGUGCGUCUCCUUAUGGUUUCCGAAAUGCCUUACCUCUUACCUCCAAUGCUGAUGCUUUUGCUAAAAAAGUUCAAAAUGCUCCUGUGUCUGGUAACUUGGAUGCACCCGAAGGAGGUUUUGAUGCUAUUAUGCAAGCCAUUGUUUGUCAGGAGAAACAUCAACUGGAGGCAGGAGCUCGUAGACUGCUUGUUUUCUCCACUGAUGCUGGCUUCCAUUAUGCUGGUGAUGGCAAGCUUGGCGGUAUUGUUAAGCCGAAUGAUGGUAAAUGUCACAUGGACGAUGAUGGUGAGUACUAUACUCACUCCACACUCCAGGAUUAUCCUUCAGUUUCACAGGUAAGCAUUCCUACUUUCCUCUCAACAUGUUCUUACAAAAUUUUUCUAAUAUUUUUUCUUCAUUAAAUAUCAUUGAGACUUCCAACCACUUGACAAAAAGUUUCAGAGCUAAUGAUGCAGUAGAAGAGCUUGCUUGAGGAGCCAAUUAAUUGAUGGAAAUACAGAAGGGUGUCAUUUUCCAACUGAUGAUUGAUUCCUCUAUUUCUAAUUCUCUCAACUCCCUGUGCUUCGGCUGACAAGUU